UUGAAUUAUGAAUUAUUUUCAUUAUAUUUUUCAGAAUCAUUGUGUACAGAAAGGGUAUUUGUGAGAAAGUGCAUGUAAAAGGUACCUUGCUGCUAAUGGAAAAAAAUUGUGUUUUCAUUGAAGACUAUGGGUCACAAGUAUCAACAGUUUGACAUUCAGUAUGCAAUCUUUAAUUAACCAAUGUGCCCUGAUGUUGUCGUUAAAGAACAGAAGCUAACUUUUAAAGUACGUUUUUUGAUAUAUAUCUGCCCACCAUUUAAAUCAUGUCUGAUAUGUCCGAUGCGUCAUCCAUCACUUCAUGGACUGAUGACCUAAGAGAAUGGCCCAAUGUCAUGUAUGGAGAUAUUUACAACUAUUUCAUAACAUCAAAAGCUAUUGACGGUCAGGAUAUGAAAAACUUUAAAAGUUUACAGAGCUUUAAUUAUUUUCAGAGUGGGCAUGUCGGUAAAAUUGUACAUCAUAAAUAUUCUAGUAAUCAAAACAAAAUAGUCUUGAAGGCUGACGUUAGGCGAUCACAGUCAAUACAUAAAUCUUCAAAUGUUGCGCAUGUCCUUUGUCAAAUGAAUGGCACAAUACUCAGUGGCUGGUGUAGUUGUAUGGCAGGCCAAGGUCUUUCGUGUAGCCAUGUAGGCGCACUUCUGUGGACAAUUGAACAUGCCGUAAGAAAUGGUCUCACAGGUGUCAGCUGUACAGAUGAAACCGUGAAGUGGAACCAAGGUACAAAACGGAACAUAGAACCAAAACCAAUAGCAAACAUACAGUUUAAAAAACCAAAACUAGCAGACGAUAUACCAGAUGACGCCACUGACGUGUCCACUAGGCCUGUCCACGUAACGCCCAUGUUUCUCACUCAUGCCGAUUUUCAAGAAUUUGUUAACAAUUCUAUUUUGGCACCACUGUUUAAUAUUAAUGGAACUACAAUCAGUAAAAGUUAUAUAAGUACACCAGUCUCAGCUCAUACACCCCAACAGCCUCACGAAACGCACACAUCCAUGUCAUCCUGCCAAAAAUGCACCAGUUGUACCAAAAAUUGUAGAUGAAAUUGAAACAAAUCGACU